UGUAGAUAUGGAGCCAGAGCUACCUAAACGACUGUUUGCAGAGGGUCUUGAACCUCAGGUCGAGAAGAUCAACAACUGCUGCCGCAUGGAACUCAUCAGGGAUCUGAAGAUAGCUAUGCCUACAGACUAUGAUGAUGUGAAGAAAGAUCCUGUUUUCACUCACAUCAUGGCUAUUGCGGAAAAUAACCUUAAGUUUUCGGCGAAACUGGUGGAUAGCUUCUUAUGUAGGCAGCUGAUUACCUCGAAGAAGCAUGAGAAGUGGUUUGUCUUUGGGAGGUCGCCUCUCCGGUUUUCGCUUCAGGAGUACCACGCUGUGACAGGUCUAAAGAUAUCGCGGGAAGCUAGCAGUGGUGUAGUGAAAUGGAAAAACGAUGGGGGGUUUUGGAGUGAGCUAUUAAAGACAGAUGGUAAGAUAAGCUUGCAGUCCAUCAAGAAGGUACAUCUACAAGAAGUUCACACCUGGACUCGGCUUGAUAGGAUGAGGUUGAUUUACUUGUGCGUGAUAAUGGGCGUGGUGAUGGGGAGAAAUGAGAAGGUGUUCAUCCCUCAUAUGUAUAUCAAGUUGGUGAUGGAUCUUGACAAGCUUCGGAAGUUCCAUUGGGGUCUUCACUCCUACGAUUUUCUGCUGCGUUCCAUCGACAAGGCUACAAAGAAGUUGGGUAAGAAGGGCAGCUACAUUUUCGAGGGUUUCUCCUAUGCUAUCCAGAUUUGGCUUAUGGAAGCAAUUCCAGAUUUUGGAGAAAUAUGCGGCACAAAACUCUCAGGCAGCUUCAGAGGUCCAAGGUGUGGCAAUUGGAAAGGAGUUGCAAAAGUUUCUUAUCAAGACAUCACCAAACUUGAAGACUCAUUUACUGACAAGAGUGACUUCUUCUCGGUCAUCUCAGUGACUGGCAAUGGUGAUGUCUUUCUGCACGAAGACUAUGCAAGGAAGGGUGAGAUGGAAGAUGAACGAGUGAACCUUUUCCUUAGUAGGAUCAAUAGCAAGUUCGAUUGAGCAAGACGGAGUGGCCAGUU